AUACCGCUCCGCCAACCAACCGCAGCCUGACUUCAGCGCUCCCACUUUUGGCCGGAUCCUCAGCCCAUCGGCCUUUCGCGCCGCCAUGGAUCUCUCCGCCAUCUACGAGAGCCUCUUGUCGGUGAGCACUGACCUGCUAUCUGACCACGGAGAGAGCGAGUCCAGCCCAACCUGGUCCUCCUCCGGACUCUGGAGCCUCAGCUCAUCCGACAACAACCCGGCUGGGGUGGGUGCCCGCCUGCCUGGCCGCUCCACCAGCCUGGUGGAGGGUCGAAGCUGUGGCUGGGUGCCGCCACCCCCGGGUUUCGCCCCCCUGGCUCCCCGCCCGGGCCCUGAACUGUCGCCCUCACCCACCUCACCUACUGCAACCCCCACCACCUCAUCCCGGUACAAGACUGAGCUCUGUCGGACCUUUUCGGAGAGCGGGCGCUGCCGCUAUGGGGCCAAGUGCCAGUUUGCCCAUGGUCUGGGGGAGCUGCGCCAGGCCAGCCGCCACCCCAAGUACAAGACCGAACUCUGCCACAAGUUCUACUACCAGGGCCGCUGCCCCUACGGCUCCCGCUGCCACUUCAUCCACAACCUCAAUGAAGAUCUCGCUGCCCCGGGCCACCCCCCUGUCCUGCGCCAAAGCAUCAGCUUCUCAGGCCUGCCCUCUGGCCGCCGGACAUCACCGCCACCGGCAGGCCUGGCAGGCCCUUCCCUGUCCUCCUGUUCUUUCUCUCCCUCCAGCUCCCCACCACCACCACCUGGGGACCUUCCACUUUCACCCUCUGCCUUCUCUGCUGCCCCUGGGACCCCAGUGGCCCGAAGGGACCCCACCCCAGCCUGUUGCCCCUCCUGUCGAAGGGCUACCACUAGUAGCCUCUGGGGGCCCUUGGGUGGCCUGGCUCGGAGCCCCUCUGCACACUCUCUGGGAUCUGAUCCUGAUGAAUAUGCCAGCAGUGGCAGCAGCCUGGGGGGAUCCGACUCACCUGUCUUCGAGGCUGGGGUUUUUGGGCCCCCCCAGCCGCCUGCAGCUGCAGCCCCCCGACGACUUCCCAUCUUCAACCGAAUUUCGGUGUCUGAGUGACAAGUGCCCCACCCGGUACAGAUCAGCUGGAUCUCAAGGGGGCCAUUUCUCUUUUGCUGGGGGUUCCGGGUAACCGGGGGACUCAAUCAAAUAGCCUCCCCCCACCUUCCGAAGUGCAUUAACCCACUCCCCUGACCCCACGCUGGGGCAGGUCCCCAGUGUGCAAGCUGUGUUCAUGGUGUUGGGGGACGGAGUGUUUUCUGGGAUCUUGUAAAAAAAAAAAAAAAA